CCGUUAAAUUUAAUCACGGAGAGAACAAGUGAUCAUUCAUUCAAUUCUUGAAGUAAAGUUUUACAUUGUAACGAAACUUACACUACAACAUGGGCAAAGUAAUACAAGCAGUGGUUUUUUGCCUCUUUCUUGGUUGUGUGUAUGGUGCGCCAGCAGACACAACGGGUACCCAAGAUGUCGACAGCUUUCAACACAAGAUGAAGGUUGAGAAAACUUUCUAUGUUGAAGGGCAAUUUUUGACCGAAACUUUAGAAGAAACUGAUGACGGCAUUAUAAUAGAUGUAGAGGCUGAACAGGGGUCCACAGCUUUGACAGUUUUCACUGACGUCACUCAUGGACUACUUCUUCAUCGAUUCAGUACCCACGACUUUUGCUAUAUAUCCAGCCUCGCAGAGUACAAUGAUACAAGAUCGGUAAGCGCACAGGAAAACCCAUCAAGUGUGUUCAAGUACAGGCUGGUACCAAUUUCAGAGAUUAACCGUCAGUACUUCAGCCACACAGCUACCCGCGAUAUGAAACACGUUUGCAGUGGCGCUAGAAACAUAUUAUGGAGUGAAAUUCAUGCUGAAGGUGAGCAGGAAACGCGACAGAAACGCGGUUGCCGCGGCGUGUGCAAGAUGGUUUGCCACAUUGGAAGAAGUUGCGAUUAUGUUUGCGGAAUGGAAUGUGAUUUCUAAAAAAUAAUGUGAUAUAAAUUAGAUUAUAAUGACAUAAUGUAGUGUGUUUAUAUUCGAUAUAAUAAUAUGCCUACAUCACGAGUUUAUAUAAAUCGGAAAUAAUUUGUAUAAAUAUUAUAGCGAAUAUUUGUACUUGCUAUAUUUAUUGAUUGAUUUAAAAUAUUGUACGUACUUUUAUCUUUAUAAUAGUGGGUUUGGAUGUACAGCGCUUUGUAAAGGCGCUAUAUAAAUGAUUUUUAGUCAAUUUAUUUAAAUUUACGGAUAAAACUUUUCUACAUUCUUUAGUCAACUGUUGUUAAAUGGUUACUGUUGUGUUGUUUUCUACAUCGUAAACCAACAUGGAUGAAUUAUUAUCAAUAAAUUGUGUUGUGUGUAUAAA